AUGGACCCGCAAAUUGCCUUCAGCGACCUAUUCCAACCUAUUGGGGACGCACUUGCAGGCCUGUUCAAGGACGUGAAUACCAGGAUCGAAGCAGUCCAGCAGCAGAAUACGGCACUUCAGGAGCAGUACGAGGCACUCCGCAAAAAGCACGACGCCGAUAUCAACAAGCUUCAGGAUAUUAUCGGGACUAUUCUUCACGAGCACAACGAGCUCGAGGCUCAACUCCUGCCAGUAUUGCCUGUCAUCAAUGGCAUGGCGGCGGGCAUCAAGAGUUCUACUGAAAAUCUUACCCCUAGCGAUUUGACGACAAGCAAGAAGCUUCCAGCGCUGAGACCCCUCUCGCAGCGCAGCUCCGAUGGCUUCGACCGCUCUCAUCUGCCAUGGCUGGCUGCUUUCCGUGCUCAAUCUUCGGUCACCUUCCGUGCGGUCUCACAAGAGUUAGAGGAUAGUGUGGGUGAGUUCGACGAGGCCCCGCUACAAGCCAAAGCGAGCGCUAUCAAGCGUACUAUGAGUCAGCGACAUAGCGAGAACGGAAGCUUCGAAGAUGUCCCCCACAAGCGAUCAGGGUCGCUUCAGCGCAAACGUGGAAGAAGCGAUCUUAACAAGGCCAGCCGCGAGAGUGUGGAGAAGUCCAGCAUGGAAUACCUGGACAUAGAAGACUCGGACGUAGAAGACUUCAACGCUACUCUAGAAGGUACGCCACAGCCAACCUCACAGGUACAGAAGUCUGUUGCUUAUGCGCAGACCGGACCAAAUCAGCAAGAACCCGGUGACUACAACGACCUUAGUAGCGAGAUCGUAGUAGCUCGACCUAAGACCAGGGACGCAGCGAGUCGGUCCUACCUGCAGCUACCCGGUGACCCUAACCAUUCGGAACUCAGCCCAGCUAGUCAGAGUCAUCUUCGAAAGCUAAGCGCCGGUCAAACCAGUGCUGGCGAGAUGCUUGAGAGUAUAGCAAAAGCUGCUCCACCGCCAAACUCAUCCCAACGAAGUCACUUCUUCGAUACUGAUCUCAAAGGCAGCCCAGCAGGUCGCCGCCACUCCACUCGGGACACUAAGAAGAAGCCACCGCCAGACGGCUUCAUCGAUGUCCGCACGCUCAGGAAUGAUAAGAAGGUCGGAUUGGUGCUAAAGAAGGCAGAGGAGAUUGGCCGCUAAUCAUAUAACGGUUCUCGCUAUGAAGCGCGACACGGCGGCACGCAACUGCAUGAAGAGGCGGAUGCUGCAUACUCUGCUCAUACAGACUGAUUGUGCAAGACUUCACUGUAUGCUCUAUCAAUGUUCUCGAUUUCUCACUCGUAUUGAUCAGGACGCACUAUGAUGGCCACGAGUUGAACAAUGUCAAUUAGAAGCCAGACGCAGAAUUGCUUACUGCACAAGCCCCGAGGCUUCAUCCAAAAGUACUCCAAGCCUCUUACCCAAGUCCCGUACCCUUCCAUCCCACUUUCGCAAAAUAGGAUGCACAUUUGCCACAACCUCAAAGGUAACAUCCUCACCAUCCUCCCCAGGAACCUCGUAUAGCCAAAUUCCAUCUACGCCAAAAUGCUCUUCCCCCAACAGUUUCUCAAUCUUCAACUCCUCUUGCGCUUUCGCAAAGCAUUCUCCAAUCUCAUGAUCCUCAUCCUUGUUCUUACUCUUGACCCCACGAGCCAUCCCGUCCAGCACACCUAAGAUCCAUCCAGCCCUCUGGCCAAUCUCACCUCCAAGUGAGAAGCCUUCGUCGAAACCCGCUUGAAUGUGAGAUUCUUUAGAUAGCGCAAUGCCUUCUCUGUAGCCAUUUGUGAUGUGCAGGCUUCGCAGGCGAGGGAUGUCGGAGUGAUCGUUACUUCUUCCACCUUCUCCUUCGUUGUUUAAGGUGGGGCUGUUAGGAGCCGACCCGAAGAUGUCGUCGUUUAGGUCAUUGGUGUGCGGUUCUUGUUGUGGGUUGGCUAGUUCUUCUGGCUCUUGUUCAUUUCUGCCUAGAGUGCUCAUAACGAGGAAUGGCUCGGUGUUGUCUGACGUGCGGCGACCGAGGGUGUCGCGCAGCAUUGUUGUUGGAGGUUGGCGGUGAAGUGCAUGGUUGGUGGUAUAC